AUGUUAGCAUCAGAAUCUUCAUACACAAAGCACCAUGAUAAUAACGAAUGGGAUAUAGAUUUUGAAACUGUAUUGGGAAAAGGUGCACGUUGUAUUGGUGUUUAUUUAGGAAAAAAAAAAAAAAACACUAAAUAUAUUCCUCAAAAUAUCGAAUGUGCAAUCAAAAUUUCAGAAGAAUAUAAAAAUAAUGAAAAUGAAAUUAAAGUAUUGGAUAAAUUAAUAAAUAUUAAACAUAAAAAUAUAAUAGAUAUUUAUGAUUAUGCAUUUGGGCAUCACAAAGGGGAUAUUAAGUGUGAUAAUAUUCUUUCAUUGCUAAUUGAUGGGAAAAUAGAAAGUUUAAAGUUAAUUGACUUUGAUAUAUCCAAGUUUUAUGGUGACAAAAACAAUUCAAAAUAUUCAUCUAUCUGUGGAACACCCACUCAUAUGGCACCAGAGGUCCUUAUUAACAACUCUAAGGCAAGCAGCAAAUCAGAUAUAUGGAGUAUAGGUUGUACAUUAAUAGAGAUGGCAGGUGGUAGUUUAGUAGGGGAACGACCAAAUGGUAUACCUGAUAUUCCAUCACAUUUAUCCAACAAAUGCAGAAAUUUUAUUCAACAUUGUUUAAUUUUCGAUUCAGAAUCAAGACCAAAAGCAAAAGACUUGGUAACCCAUGAUUUUAUUGUAUCUAUACAAAAGAAAAUAGGUCAGUGUAAUAAUAUAAAAAACAUACCUGUUGAAUUAAAAAAUUCAGAAUUAGAUAAACUUUGUUCAAUAGGAGAGGAGGUUACUCAAAUAACAUUACAGGAAUUCAAUGAUAUAUCUUUAGGAUUCGAUUUAAAUCAACGACCAACAAAAUCAAUAACACUUAUUCUACCUCUGUUUAACCAAGAGUUGAAUUUUCUCGAAACUCCAAUUCGUAAUCUAUCAGUUACCUCGCUUAUACUACCAUCAUUCAAUAAACCUAUUCCAUGCGGUUCAAUCCCAUCAACAUUAAUAUCGCUCACAUUAACAUCAUUUAAUCAAAUGCUCGAUGAUGAGUCAAUUCCAGAAACAGUAUCAGAGUUGGUUCUUGGCAAGGAUUUUAAAUUUAAUGAAAAUGGCGGUAAUCUUCCUCCAUCAAUCAAAAAAUUUACAUGCAGUUAUGAUUUUAAAUCACCAUUAAGAAUGAAUAACAAUAUACCAAAAAAUGCUUUAGAAGUAAUAUUAGAUAAUUAUAACUACCCAAUUAUAAAAAAUAGUAUUCCAGAAACAGUUCACACAUUAACAUUAGGUGAAAAUUUCAAAGAUUUGGAAGAGUUUAAAUCUUUUAGCAACCUUCCACCAUCUGUAAUUAAUUUAACUUUUGGUGUUUGCAACUGUCAUUUUUCAGACGAACAAAUUAAGGAAUAUAUUCCAAACAAUAUUUCAAGUAUUACAAUAAAGAGAAAAAAUAAAAGAAAGUAUAAUGAAACCCUUGAGUAGUCAAAUUGAUUGUAUAACAAUAAAGAGAAAAAACAAAGAGAAUAAACUAAAUUAUAAAUAUUAUAUUUUUUUUUUUUAUUUAAUUGUGCAGUUGGUUC